CCUGCCCGCUGCCGGCGCCUUCGUGUCAUUUUCCUGCCGGCCCCAUGGAGGAAGUGGGAAAGUUGGCGCGGCCCCGCCGGACGCUGAAGACCCGGUGGCGGCGUGACAGAGGGACGCGGAGAGGAUGAGCUCCUUCCUCGAGUACCCCGUCCUCGGCGGCGAGGCGGGGGGUUGCGCCGCCCGCGCCUACCACCCCGACCACGGGAUUACAACUUUCCAGCCCUGCGCCGUCAGCGCCGGCAGCUGCAGCGGAGAGGACCGCUUCCUGGCGGGCCGCGGGGUGCCCAUCAGCCCCCACCGCCACCACCACCACACCCCGGCCCAGCCCGCCGCCUACCAGCACCACGGCGGGCUGGGGGUGUCCUACGCGCACCCCGGCUGCGGCGCGACCUACAGCGCGCAGGGCUUCGGGCCGGCGUACGGCCCCUACCCCCUGGGGCAGGACGCGGAGCUGGGCGGCGGCUUCCCUCCCUGUGCCCCCGCCGUGUACUCGGGGAGCAUCUCCUCCUCCGCCGCUGCUCAGCACCCACUCCCGCACCAGAGCUACGCGGGGGCCUCCGCUCAGUACGUGCCUCCCCCUUACGGGCAGGAGCAGCAGAGCCUGCCCUUGGGCACCUACAACCAUGCCCUGUCUCCCCUUCACGCUGGCCACCGGGAAAACUCCCGCUCCCCCUCCACCGAGACCUCACCGCCGGCGCAAACCUUCGACUGGAUGAAAGUGAAAAGAAACCCACCCAAAACAGGCAAGGCCGGCGAGUACGGCUUCGUGGGGCAGCCCAACACCGUCAGAACUAACUUCACCACCAAGCAGCUCACCGAGCUGGAGAAGGAGUUUCAUUUCAACAAAUACCUGACCAGGGCCAGGCGGGUGGAGAUCGCCGCUUCCCUCCAGCUCAACGAGACGCAGGUGAAGAUCUGGUUCCAGAACCGGCGGAUGAAGCAAAAGAAACGGGAGAAAGAGGGGCUGCUGCCCAUCUCCCCCUCCACCCCCACGGGCUGCGAGGAGAAGGCAGAGGACUCGUCGGAGAAGUCGUGCUCCUCGCCCUGCAGCGCCUCGCCCGCCUCCUCCGCCUCGGACACUCUCGCUGCCUCCAACUGAGACCGGCCGCACGGCGCGACGCCCCCGCCAACUCGGCACGCGUCCGUCCAGCUCCCUUAUGUGGGUCCCUCGGUCGCUCGGUGUCCCCGAGAGGUCCCGGCGAGCUGCCGCUCCCUGCCCCGCUACCUCCGCCGCCCCCGCCGCCGCCCCGCUGGCCCACGGGCUCUCCGACGUGGAUGUGGGGCCCCACGGGUACGUGAACGCCUUGGCGGUCACCGCCCAGGGCUGAGCCCCGCUGGCCGCCCCCGGAGGGGCUCCCGCAGCCUCCGGGCCCGCUCCCCGCAGAGCGUCUGUCUCUGCGUUCCGCUCAGGUUCCCUCCGCCGAGGCCGAGCAGGGGAAGGGGACGUGGACAGACUCCCGCUCCCUUCCUCCCUUCCUCGUGGACAAAUCCAGCAGCGGAAGCUCCGCACAAACCCGACUACCUGCAGGAGCCCACGGAUGACGCUUGUCCCCAGAAAAGGCACCUGUCCUUCGUGACAAGGCUUCUCCUAGUGCUCCUGCCUCUCCACUGUCUGGAGGGUCCCACCCUUCCUUCCCCUCCCUCCCAGGACAUUGUGUUGCUUCGUAACCACAAAGGUCCAGCUUUUCCUUUUCGUCCUAAACAGGGACCAGCGCAUUUUGUCCCCUCCUUUAAGAACUCCUGCUGACCACAAUAAUGAGAUGCAAGAGGGGCCCGACCAGCAGAUGUUGCCUCCAGGCGUGGGAAGGACAGAAGGGAGCACGCUUUGGUUUCCCUGGGUGUUGCAGAGCUGCUGCCUGUGUUUCCCAGGCCUCCGUGUCCCAGCUAAGGAACCUCUGGAAGCACGCUGGCCACUCGGUCACUUCAAGCCCACGAGCCACCUUCUCCUAGCCAAAAUGUCUACCUCUGUGCUUCAACCUUUUGCAUCUUACAUUGACUUCACGUGCUAAAGAAACCAAUCCAGCAUGGACAUAAGCCGGGGCUUAGGCCCCGUUUCAUAACCACCAAGACAUUUAUUUCUGGUGAGAACAGGGUUUUCAGCAGCCUGAUGCUGGCAUCCCCAGGUGCUGGGGCUCCCAUUUCUCUGUGAAUAUGCAUGUUUACGGGAUCAGCCUUGGUUUUCUUUUACACGGAGCGUAGGGUCUUCCUUUACACAGCCAGAAAGGCUGGAAAAUUUCCUCUGGCCCCCUUCCAUGCCUGCUUGAGAGAGCAGAGAUGGGGCUAAGCCUGCAAAGUGCCCCCUCUCCAAGAGCAGAGCAGAGCAGAGGACGCUGGCACAGCCUGGGGUGGGCUCCAUGCGCAGUGAACCUCACUUUUCAGCACAGAAAGCAGGAGCCCUCGAGGCAGAGGGGCUCUCGAGCUUUGGUGAAAGCCCACGUAUCAAUCAGCAUCCCGUCCUCUGUGUGCAUGUGGUUUAGGGUAAGGUGGGGAAAAAUUGUUAGCAACCUCUCAGAGGAGCAGAGUUUUCUUUGGUUUUAAGCUCCAUCAGUGCUGGGUGGGGUUAAAGCCCAGCUGUUCUUCCUGGCUGCUGCUGCUCCUGUAACCAGCCCCACGGAAGCAGGAGCACACAGGCCACAGGACUUUGCCCCUCCCAGGCUUAUGUUUUGUUAUCUGGGCAAGGCUGCAAUAAUUGUGAAAAACAACAGUUUCCUGUCACAAUUUUUUUUGUUUUGUUUUUUUUUCCAAGCUGUCCUGAUGGGAAGGGGAAAUAAAGCACAGCCAACUGGUACCCACAGCAGGACUGCAGGUGCAGCCCAGACUUCUUCCGCACACACAUUCAUCCUUUCCUUCAGGGCUUGGGCUUCAGAGCCUCUGUCCCACCUUCCUUUUCACAGAGUGGGAUCAGCUGCCUGCUCCGGUGGACUGCUACAACAAAAUGUUUACAGUCUGGUAACUUCCAGCUCCCAGAGGCAGAAGUGGGGCUGCCAUGGGGCUCUUCUCCCCCAGCCAGAUGGGUUUGGAGGGGCUGGAAAAGCCCCAAGAAAAGAUGGGUCAAUAGUGAUGGGCGACUCGCUGCUCUCCUCAUGCCAAAUGGAGAGUUGGCAAAAGCAAGGCUUAACUUUCCCACCAGUGCUUUAUUUUUAACCUGAGCCCUUACACGGGCAGUUGUGUGAAUUUUGGCCAGUGGCCUUUCUCUUCAGUAACUUCUUCUUGUCUGGACAAUCUUGGUGCUGUGAGUGACUGUGAUUGUAAAACUUGGUACUGUGAACUUUUCCUAUGUGAUGUGAAAUGUGUCGAGGGGAUGCUAAGUUCCUGGCCAAAGGAGGUGUAAUUACAGGUAUAUUAUGCUUGUACAGAUAUUUGUUUCCUUGCACCUUCCUUUUUCAGCAUUAACUAGGUAGUAGAAGCUCAGAAAUAAUUCUUCAAGAGAGAAUAAGGUGAUACCUGAACCUAGGACUACUCCAUUCUUCAGUCAAACAGCUGAAAUUAAAAAAAAAAUAAAUUCCCAACCAACCAACUUUGCCAAAAACAAGCUGAAGGGAAAAAAAAAAAAAAGCUUUUCAUCACCAAGUAUGUUUGGCUGCUCCUAUGGCCAAGUUCCCAAUGGCACCAAAGUGCUAAUCCCUAAUACACUGAAGCGUGAGCAUAGUUGAGACAUCAAAAGAAUCACAGCACAAUUAUUAACAAGUCUUACUUCAGUACCCCUUCAUAGCCCGUAACCAAGUUGCUGUUUCAACAGUGAGUGCCUUUUUCCAGUUAGGAUGUUAUUGAGAAAAAUGGCAUUUUUGAAAUGGAUCUGGCCAUGGCAUAUUUAACCCAUUGGCGGUGAACUCACAGUUCAGAUUUCUCCGUGGAUGAAAAGUUUGCCUGGGACACAUGACCCUGCAAAAUGACACUUGUGUUGCAUAGAAUUCCUUUGUAGAAAAAGUUGUUCUUGGUGGUGCCAUGGUUUCUAGGUUGUUAGGAAAUGUGCUGUUUGGAGAGUGUAAAGCUCUUGUAGUUGGCUACACAGAAACCCCCUUGCAACUAAAAGGGCAGCUCUGCUGCUCCUGCAAUUACUUACUAUGAAAAAAAAUGUAAAGAUCUUCAAGGUCUUGUUUAUAAACCUGCUCCUCUCUUUUUGAAUUCCCUCCUCUUUGGUAAUUGAGCUCUUGCUUCCACUUAAAACCUUUCUGUUUGCAGAAGAGAGAUGGUGGUACCGUGAAAAUGCAAACAAAACCUCUCCUGCUGCACCUUGCACAACUCCCGUACAUUGUGCCAACAUUAAAUUACUGGUCCAGGUCAGUAACACUUUGCUGGAAGAAUUUGUGCCAUACUAAGACACAGGUCCCUUGGGAUUCUGUUACACAACUCAGUUAUUUAGCAUUUUAUUGCUCUUUGUUUGCUAUCCUGACAAAAGAGAUGACAACUCCCAGGAGGGGAAAAAGGAUGUGAGAGAUAAGGCCUGUGGCUGAUGGACACUUGGCAUCCCCCUGGCAUUAAUCAGAACUUGUAUUUUUUAAAAAGCAAGAUUGUUAAAAUAAAAUUAGAAACUUGUGACUGA